CGCCAGGCAGCCUGGGCUUCCGCAGUUUGGAGCCGCCGGGCUUGAGAGUCGGAACUGUGGCUCUGCCCGGGGGCUGGGAUCUACUGCCUGCUUUCUCCGGUUCUUUCCCGGCAUCUGGGAGUCUCCAGAGUUUUUUGUUUUUUUUUUUCCUCCUCCCCCCCCCGUAAACUGCCAUCCAGAUUAAUAAUCCUUCUAAUAACCUGAUCUCCCGCUCCUCCCCACCCGCCUGCCUCCCGCCCUGACUUUCCUCCCUCCCUCUCCCCUUCUCAUCUCCUUGGCUGCAGCCGGAGGGAACCCAGCAGCUGCCCCGGGUCGGGGGGCGGGGGCUGUCGGGGCCCGGAGGAGGUGUCUGAGCCCAGCCAGUCGAGGCAGUGGUCCCUGGGACUCACGUUUACUCUCUGCGCAGAGAACUCCGGACGACUCCGCCGCUGAGCGCAGGGCUAGUCACCGCCUUGGGCAUCUAGUUCCCAAAUUAAAAAGUCAACAGGGGAAACGGGCAGACACCCCUCCUCCCGGGCCCCUCCCGGCUCCCCCGCCCAGUGCGGGCUGGAGUCUGCCUGGUGUGGAGGCGGCCACGGCGGUCGAGGCCGAGGCGAACUGUGCGUGAACGCGCCUGCGGGGGAUUUGGCCAUCGGUGCACCGGAACCCGGGGAGGAAGAGCCUGCAGCGCCCCAUCCCCACCCCCUCCACCACCAUUUCGGGGACCCCUCAGGGAGUGGUUUUGGGGUUCCCACUGACUUCUCAGAAGGACGCGUGCCUUUCUCCAACCCCAGCUCGGGCGGCCACCUGUCUUUGCCGCGGUGACCUUUCUCCCAUGACCCUGCGGUGCCUCGAGUCCUCCGGGAAUGGCGCGGAAGGGGCGCAGAGCCAGUGGGGGACCGCGGGGUCGGCGGAGGAGCCGUCCCCAGAGGCGGCGCGUCUGGCGAAAGCCCUGCGGGAACUCAGUCACACAGGUUGGUACUGGGGAAGUAUGACUGUUAAUGAAGCCAAAGAGAAAUUAAAAGAGGCACCAGAAGGAACUUUCUUGAUUAGAGAUAGUUCGCAUUCAGACUACCUACUAACAAUAUCUGUUAAGACAUCAGCUGGACCAACUAAUCUUCGCAUCGAAUACCAAGAUGGGAAAUUUAGAUUGGACUCUAUCAUAUGUGUCAAGUCCAAGCUUAAACAAUUUGACAGUGUGGUUCAUCUGAUCGACUACUAUGUUCAGAUGUGCAAGGAUAAGCGGACAGGCCCAGAAGCCCCCCGGAACGGCACUGUUCACCUUUAUCUGACCAAGCCACUCUACACAUCAGCACCACCUCUGCAGCAUCUCUGUAGACUCACCAUUAACAAGUGUACCAGCACCAUCUGGGGACUGCCUUUACCAACAAGACUAAAAGAUUAUUUGGAAGAAUAUAAAUUCCAGGUAUAAGUGUUUCUUUUUUUUCUAAACAUGCCUCCUAUAGAAUAUCUCCGAAUGCAGCUAUGUAAAAGAGAACCAAAUCUUGAGUGACGGCUCUGGAUAACUACGCGGAAUUCUAAGACCAGCUGAAGUCAAUCUGAUUUAAUUGUGUGGCAAGGUAGCUAGGUAUUUAAAGUUUUCCCCACAUGUUUUCAACUGAGGGAUGCUUCCCUUCCUAAGGCUGACCAAGACCAGUUGAUCCUUUUAAGUUAAGAAUAAAACGUCCCAAGUAAAGGCUGAAGGAACAUUUUCUCAGAACUCUGACUUUCUGAGGUUCGUUGGUGUUAGGUGAAAGGUCCCAGCACUGGUAGGAGAGAAAGAGCUCCACUUAGGAGUGCCGAAGAAGUGGAAGGAACGAAACUGACACAGGCUUAACUUCAGUUCUGUGUGCCUGGUGAUCAGAGUCUAUUUUAGGACAUUUGAUAUUUUGCAUUCUGAUGUACUUAGGAGAUUUGUUAAACAGAUAUGCUUGUGAGUAUUUAUCCUUCUUUUUAUGCAAUUAACCAAAUCAACCAAAAAAGGUGACCAUGAAGUCCUGUAUUUGUCUUUUUACUACAUGUAUGAACUCUCUCAUGAAUGAGUUCUGUAGUAAUCCUCUUCAAGGGAGCCUUAUUUCAGAAAUAUUUCAAACUGGUGCAAAUGGAAAAGAUUUCUUUUCCUUUAAGGCUAAAGACAAGAAUGUCAUGCUAUACAGGUGCAACUCAAUCCCUGUUAAUAAAACCAUGUAGAUAGAGACAUUUUACCCUUUGAAACAGCUGCGUCCCCAACCUGUUGCCAUUGAUUUUUUUGGAAAUGGCUUUAGGAAUUUCCAAGUGGUCUAACCAUAGACAUUAGCAGUUGUCUCCCUUCUACCAUGUAGAAUACUUUGACUUAAUUUUCUUCCACAUAUAGGGGGAUACAUGCCUGCUUUUCAAAGUGUUUAUUUACUGCUGUUACUAUUUGAUUAGAAUGUAUUAAAUAAAAAAAAAUGGACUUU